GUAGCUGGAAGUGCCAUGGUCUGGGAAAAACAUGGCCUUCCCAUCAGUCUCGGCGUCCUCACUUCUCCCCCCUUUAUUCACAGCACCUUUGGGGAGCUAAAGACCGUCCGGCUGCCCAAGAAGAUGGCAGGAACAGGCUCACACCGCGGCUUCGGCUUCGUGGAUUUCCUCACCAAACAGGAUGCCAAGAAAGCAUUCAAUGCCCUGUGCCACAGCACGCACUUGUACGGCCGCAGGCUGGUCCUGGAAUGGGCAGACACAGAGGAGACGGUGGAGGCCCUGAGGCGGAGGACAGCUGACCACUUCCACGAUUCCCCAAAGAAGAAGAAGCGAUCAGAGGUGUUGGGUGAGAUCCUAGAGCAGCUAGAAGAGGAGGAGAGCAACAAGGAUGAGGCCCUCUAGCCAGUCUCCAGCAUGGUGAAGUAGGGCUGAUGGAGAACUGAUGGAUUCUCAGUGAACACUCACCUGUUGUGUACCCACAGUCCAUCCCUGGAGCGCAGAGCUGUGCUGCUGUCCCAGGACCCCCCUCUAUCCACAGCACCAUGGCAGGAGCUCAGCGCUCAGACUCCAACACUGAGGUGGCAGUCCUCGCCAGCCCUAAGCAGUCUGGGAGAUUUGCUCUUCAUGUCUGAAGUAAAUGAUCAUUUGUAUACAUUAAAAGCCAUGCAUGUAUUUUUAAUAAGAGUUUUACAAAAUCUCA